CGUGAUCUUACUGUCGAAAUGAAAGUAAAAGUAAAGUUACACGCAAUUCUUGAGGGCUUGCAGUUCGAUACUCCUGUUCCAGAUGUUUGCAGAGAUUGAGAGGUUGAAAACAUGAACACGAAGCCUACAGAAUAUCCCUACAACAGAUGUUUUGUGUGAUCAGGUUUUCUGAGUGAGAGAUCUGUCUGAGCAGUCAAGAGUCUUAAACAGACAUUAGACUGUAUGGAGCCUGAGGGAGACCCUGGAGUCCUGAGCAGGAGGUUCAAACAGGAGAGAGUAGAGUCACCUGCUCCCAGCUGUCUGUCUAUGAAGAGUGACUGGUCAAUGGAGCCACCAGAAAACUUUAAAAGAGAAAUCCGGACCCUUGAUAUACGUGUCAAGCAGGCGAGAGUGACGUCUCCUGCUCCAAGCUGUCUCAACAAGAAGAGUGACAGGUCAAUGGAGCCAUCUGAAAACUUUAAAAGAGAAACCUGGACUCCCGAUCCAAGUGGCAGUCUGCUGGCUGAGGAUCAGUUCAGAUGUUCUGUGUGUUCAGAGGUGCUGAGGGACCCGGUCUCCAUUCCCUGUGGACACAGUUACUGCAGGCAGUGCAUCAGCACAUACUGGGCCCAGCCCGGCCCUGCAGGAGACUAUGUGUGUCUCCAGUGCAGUAAGAGAUCCAGAGACCGGCCAGUGCUCUGCACUAACACAGCCUUGGCCAGGUUGCUCCAGGGGCUCCAGCAGGCAGGCUUCAGUCCUGCCCUCCCUGCUCUGGGCUAUGCUGGGCCUGGGGACGUGGCCUGUGAUAUCUGCUCUGGACAGAAGCUCAGAGCGGUGAAGUCCUGUCUGACCUGCACUGUCUCCUACUGUGAGAGCCACGUCAGGCAGCACUACACUGUCCCAGCACUGCAGAGACACACCCUGGCUGAUGUCUAUGGAGACGGGGGACACAAAGAACUUCAUGGCAACGCUGGAAAGACAGAGGUGAUCAAAGAGGAGGGUGCUAUGAAGACUGAGGAGGAGGAGGGGAAGAGUGUCUGUAAAAAGAUGAAGAUGGAAGUUAAAGAGGAAGAAGAGAAAUCAGAUGAAGGGUUUUUUGAUCUGAAUAAGACAAACUGUGAGCUGAGGAAAGAGAUCUCUGAGCUGAAGAACAUCUCUAAGUUAAACUCAGACUUGGAGCAGGAGAUCUCUAAACUCAAACAUGAUGUUGGUGAGCUCAGUAAAGAGAAUGCUGUGCUGAAACAAGAUGCAACAAUCGAGAAACAACUGAUGGACAUCAGAACUGCUGAUCUGAAUAAGACCAUAGCCACUCUCAGCUCAGACCUACACCAACACAUAAAGCCUGUCCUGAAGAAAAUGACGAUGGACUAUGUGGAUGUGACUCUAGACCAUGAUACAGCACAUCCCUACCUCAUCCUGUCUGAAGACGGGAAUCAAGUGAGACAUAGAGACAUAAAAAACGAUCUCCCUGACAACCCAGAGAGGUUUGAUGCUGUUCCCUGUGUCCUGGGAAAGGAAGGUUUCUCCUCAGGGAGAUUCUACUAUGAGGUGCAGGUGAAGGGGAAGACGAGGUGGAUUUUAGGAGUGGUCAAAGAAUCCAUCAACAGGAAGGGGAAGAUUACACUGAGCCCUGAGGAUGGAAACUGGACUGUGUGGCUGAAGAAUGGAGAGUACACGGCUAAUGCUAACCCCUCUGUCCACCUCUACCUGAGAGAGAAGCCCCAGAAGGUGGGGGUGUUUGUGGAUUAUGAGAAGGGUCAGGUCUCCUUCUACAAUGUGGAAGCCAGGUCUCAUAUCUACUCUUUUACUGGCUACACCUUCACUGAGAAACUCUAUCCAUACUUCUGCCCCGGUCUUAAUGAUGGUGGUAAAAACUCAGCCCCACUGGUCAUCACUCCUGUAGAUGUCACUGACUGACUGUUUUAUACAAAACAUUGAAAUACGGUUAACAUAACUAAUGAUGUAAUAGCCAACAGAUAAUGUAAUAAUUAUUUAUAAUGUAAUACAUAAUAAAUAAAUCAGCAGAUCAUGUAUUUACAUUUCACAUUUAUAAUGUAAUAACUUUUCCUGAUGAUAUCAUCAAUCAAUUGCAGGUAUUUUUGCAGUAGUAACUGUCAUAAAUAAUUAUUAUAAUCUGUUGAGCACCAAUUUAUUUAAAGUUUCAAGUUUUAAUGUCACAUGCACAAAGAAAGGUAAAUCCCAGUUUGCCAGUGCUGGUCAUCUUCCUCAUAAUGUAAUCAUUCAAUUACAGUUAUUAAUGCAGAACUAAGUUAUUUUGUGGAUAAGGUUAAAUAAAUGAAGUGUUAACAUAGUAAAUCCCAGUUUGUCAGUGCUGGUCAUCUUCCUCAUAAUGUAAUCCAAUAAGACCUACCUGUCCAUCUAUCCUCUUAGUGGACGAGAUCCACAUUAUUCUUCCUGAUAUAACAAUACAUUGGGAAGAAUGAAAACAAAAAGUCCAAUAAAUACAACAGGAAGCCCAGGUCUGUAUGAACUGUAAUAUGUUCAGUAAACCCCUGAAGUUACAUUAUUACAUGACUUACUACAAUCAUUCAAUACUGUCCUGCAUGAUUAUGUUUCUUACUAUAUUUUAGUUGAAUACUUUUUUUUUGCUGUUGAACUAGAAGGAGGAAAUCAUUUCAUUUCAUUGCACUGUGUACACUACGCUGUAUCCUGUGCAUAUGACAGUAAACCAUUGCACUGUGUACACUACUCUGUAUCCUGUGCAUAUGACAGUAAACCAUUGCACUGUGUACACUACUCUGUAUCCUGUGCAUAUGACAGUAAACCAUUGCACUGUGUACACUACUCUGUAUCCUGUGCAUAUGACAGUAAACCAUUGCACUGUGUACACUACGCUGUAUCCUGUGCAUAUGACAGUAAACCAUUGCACUGUGUACACUACGCUGUAUCCUGUGCAUAUGACAGUAAACCAUUGCACUGUGUACACUACGCUGUAUCCUGUGCAUAUGACAGUAAACCAUUGCACUGUGUACACUACUCUGUAUCCUGUGCAUAUGACAGUAAACCAUUGCACUGUGUACACUACGCUGUAUCCUGUGCAUAUGACAGUAAACCAUUGCACUGUGUACACUACGCUGUAUCCUGUGCAUAUGACAGUAAACCAUUGCACUGUGUACACUACGCUGUAUCCUGUGCAUAUGACAGUAAACUUUGAUUUGAAUGGAGCAGUCAGUUCAGCAUCAGUAACGUACAGGUAACUGCCAAAAUGAAAGAAUCACCAACAUAAAGUGAUUUAGUAGGGCCUUGUGCCACCACGAGCCAGAACAGCUUCAAUGCAUCUUGGCAUAAAUUCUACAAGUGUCUGGAACUCUACUGGAGGGAUGCGACAUUAUUCUUCCACAAGACAUUCCAUCAUGUUAUGUUUUAUUGAUGUUAAUGAAAAACGCUGUUUCUGGUGCUGCUCCAGAAUCUCCCAUAAGUGUUCAAUUAUGGUGACUGAGACGGCCAUGGCAUAUGGUUUACAUUGUUUUCAUGCACAUCAAACCAUUCAGUGACCAAACCAUUCAGUGACCACUCGUGCUCUGUGGA